CGCUUCCGGCCCUAUGCUGUUCCGCUUCCCGAAGUCUGUACGAGCUGCUGUGUGCAUUCUUUGGGGAACUGUAAGGUUUGAGGAUAGUCUGGUCUGCGGGUUGUUACAUCUCAGAGUUAGCAGCCACAGCCGCCUUUUAGGGGAAGUGCGUCGGGUUCACCGCUGCUCGGGGCGGUCUUUUUUUUACCCCACUGGAGCGGAGGGACAGUGCUGCCAUGACGGCCCCUGCUCAGCCCAAGAAAAUCGUGGCCCCCACGGUUUCCCAGAUCAACGCGGAGUUCGUGACGCAGUUAGCUUGUAAAUACUGGGCUCCGCAUAUCAAGAAAAAAUCACCUUUUGAUAUAAAGGUGAUUGAAGAUAUAUAUGAGAAAGAGAUUGUCAAAUCAAGGUUUGCCAUCAGAAAGAUAAUGCUCUUGGAAUUUAGCCAGUAUCUUGAAAAUUACCUGUGGAUGAAUUAUUCUCCAGAAGUGUCCAGCAAGGCUUAUUUAAUGUCAAUCUGCUGUAUGGUGAAUGAGAAGUUCAGAGAAAAUGUCCCUGCAUGGGAGACUUUUAAGAAGAAGCCAGAUCACUUCCCAUUCUUCUUCAAGUGUAUCUUGAAAGCAGCAUUAGCUGAAACCGAUGGUGAAUUUUCACUCCAUGAACAGACAGUCUUACUGCUCUUUCUUGAUCAUUGCUUCAAUAGUUUGGAAGUAGACUUGAUACGGAGUCAAGUACAGCAGCUUAUCUCACUCCCAAUGUGGAUGGGCUUACAGCCUGCACGUUUGGAAUUAGAAUUAAAAAAGACACCUAAACUAAGAAAAUUCUGGAACUUGAAAAAGAAUGAUGAAAAGAUGGAUCCAGAAGCAAGAGAACAAGCCUAUCAAGAAAGAAGAUUUCUUUCACAACUAAUCCAGAAGUUUAUCUCUGUGCUGAAAUCAGUCCCACUUUCUGAACCUGUCACUAUGGACAAAGUUCAUUACUGUGAAAGAUUCAUUGAACUUAUGAUUGAUCUAGAGGCCCUACUCCCUACAAGGCGCUGGUUUAAUACCAUCCUGGAUGACUCCCACCUUUUGGUUCACUGUUACCUUUCCAGUCUUGUUCACAGAGAAGAGGAUGGCCACCUUUUUUCCCAGCUUUUGGACAUGCUUAAGUUCUAUACUGGUUUUGAGAUUAAUGACCAGACUGGAAAUGCUCUGACAGAGAAUGAGAUGACUACAAUUCACUAUGAUAGAAUUACUUCUCUACAGAGAGCUGCUUUUGCGCAUUUCCCUGAACUCUAUGAUUUUGCCCUCUCAAAUGUGGCAGAAGUAGAUACCCGGGAAUCGUUGGUCAUUUUUGGACCUCUUAGUUCAAAUACACUGCACCAGGUGGCAUCAUACCUCUGCUUGUUACCAACGCUUCCUAAAGCUGAAGACACAACUUUUGAUAAAGAAUUUCUUCUAGAAUUGUUGGUGUCUCGUCAUGAACGUCGAAUUUCCCAGAUUCAGCAGUUGAACCAGAUGCCUUUGUAUCCAACUGAGAAAAUCAUAUGGGAUGAGAAUAUUGUUCCGACUGAGUAUUAUUCUGGGGAAGGUUGUCUUGCUCUUCCCAAAUUGAAUUUGCAGUUUUUGACUCUUCAUGAUUACCUCCUAAGGAACUUUAAUCUCUUCCGCUUAGAAUCAACUUAUGAAAUUAGGCAGGACAUCGAGGAUAGUGUCAGCAGAAUGAAGCCAUGGCAGUCUGAAUAUGGUGGUGUAGUAUUUGGUGGUUGGGCACGAAUGGCCCAGCCCAUUGUGGCUUUUACUGUGGUUGAGGUUGCAAAACCCAACAUAGGUGAAAACUGGCCAACCCGAGUUCGUGCAGAUGUUACCAUCAACCUGAAUGUCAGAGAUCACAUCAAAGAUGAAUGGGAAGGACUCCGGAAGCAUGAUGUAUGCUUUUUAAUUACUGUGCGCCCCACAAAACCUUAUGGUACCAAGUUUGACCGGAGGAGACCUUUUAUUGAGCAGGUUGGCCUGGUUUAUGUCAGAGGCUGUGAAAUCCAGGGCAUGCUGGAUGAUAAAGGGCGUGUUAUUGAAGACGGACCUGAGCCCAGACCCAAUCUUAGAGGAGAAUCAAGGACAUUUAGAGUGUUUUUGGAUCCAAACCAGUAUCAACAAGAUAUGACCAAUACUAUACAAAAUGGAGCAGAAGAUGUGUAUGAAACUUUCAAUAUAAUAAUGAGGAGGAAACCAAAGGAAAAUAACUUUAAGGCGGUGCUAGAGACUAUUCGGAACCUGAUGAAUACCGAUUGUGUGGUACCUGACUGGCUGCAUGACAUCAUUUUAGGCUAUGGGGAUCCAAGCAGUGCACAUUAUUCCAAAAUGCCCAAUCAGAUCGCCACCCUUGAUUUCAAUGAUACAUUUCUCUCCAUUGAGCAUUUAAAAGCCAGCUUUCCUGGUCAUAAUGUUAAAGUAACCGUGGAUGACCCAGCUCUGCAGAUACCCCCUUUCAGGAUAACUUUUCCAGUAAGAAGUGGAAAAGGGAAGAAAAGGAAAGAUGCAGAUGGGGAAGAUGAAGACACUGAAGAAGCAAAAACCUUAGUUGUUGAACCUCAUGUUAUUCCUAAUAGAGGUCCUUAUCCUUACAACCAACCCAAACGUAAUACAAUUCAGUUCACUCAUACACAGAUAGAGGCCAUCCGUGCUGGAAUGCAGCCUGGGCUGACUAUGGUUGUGGGACCACCAGGUACAGGAAAAACAGAUGUGGCAGUCCAAAUCAUAUCCAAUAUCUAUCACAAUUUCCCAGAGCAGAGGACUCUGAUUGUUACUCAUUCCAAUCAGGCCCUGAACCAGUUGUUUGAGAAAAUCAUGGCUUUAGACAUUGAUGAGCGCCACCUCCUGCGUCUUGGUCAUGGAGAAGAAGAGCUGGAGACAGAGAAAGAUUUCAGUAGAUAUGGAAGAGUUAAUUAUGUCCUAGCUCGAAGAAUAGAACUUUUAGAAGAAGUCAAAAGAUUACAGAAGAGUCUUGGGGUUCCAGGAGAUGCUUCAUAUACUUGUGAAACUGCAGGCUAUUUCUUCUUAUAUCAGGUAAUGUCUCGUUGGGAAGAGUAUAUAAGCAAAGUGAAAAAUAAAGGUAACACAUUGCCAAAUGUUACCGAAGUUUCCACUUUCUUCCCUUUUCAUGAGUACUUUGCAAAUGCCCCUCAACCCAUUUUUAAAGGCCGAUCUUAUGAGGAAGACAUGGAAAUUGCUGAAGGAUGUUUCAGGCAUAUCAAGAAAAUCUUUACUCAGCUCGAGGAAUUCAGAGCCUCUGAACUACUUCGAAGUGGGCUUGACAGAUCUAAAUACCUUUUGGUGAAAGAAGCCAAAAUCAUUGCUAUGACCUGUACUCAUGCAGCCCUAAAACGACAUGAUUUAGUAAAGUUAGGUUUCAAGUAUGACAACAUUUUAAUGGAAGAGGCUGCUCAAAUCCUAGAGAUAGAAACUUUUAUACCUCUUCUUCUACAGAACCCUCAGGAUGGUUUUAGCCGACUAAAACGAUGGAUUAUGAUUGGUGAUCAUCACCAGUUACCUCCAGUCAUUAAGAACAUGGCCUUUCAGAAGUAUUCAAACAUGGAACAAUCUCUGUUCACUCGCUUUGUCCGUGUUGGAGUUCCCACUGUGGACCUUGAUGCCCAGGGGAGGGCCAGAGCAAGCUUAUGCAACCUCUACAACUGGCGAUACAAGAAUCUAGGAAACUUACCCCAUGUGCAGCUUUUGCCAGAGUUUAGUACAGCAAAUGCUGGCUUGCUCUAUGACUUCCAGCUUAUUAAUGUUGAAGAUUUUCAGGGAGUUGGAGAAUCUGAGCCUAAUCCUUACUUUUAUCAGAAUCUUGGAGAGGCAGAAUAUGUAGUGGCACUUUUUAUGUACAUGUGUUUACUUGGUUACCCUGCUGACAAAAUCAGUAUUCUAACCACAUAUAAUGGGCAAAAGCAUCUUAUUCGGGACAUCAUCAACAGACGAUGUGGGAGCAAUCCAUUGAUUGGAAGACCAAAUAAGGUGACAACUGUUGACAGAUUUCAAGGUCAACAGAAUGAUUAUAUUCUUCUCUCUCUAGUACGAACCAGGGCAGUGGGCCAUCUGAGGGAUGUUCGUCGCUUAGUAGUGGCCAUGUCUAGGGCCAGACUUGGACUUUAUAUCUUCGCCAGAGUAUCCCUCUUCCAAAACUGUUUUGAACUAACUCCAGCCUUCAGCCAGCUUACAGCCCGCCCACUUCAUUUGCAUAUCAUUCCAACAGAACCUUUCCCAACCAGUAGAAAGAAUGGAGAAAGACCAUCUCAGGAAGUACAGAUAAUAAAGAAUAUGCCUCAGAUGGCAAAUUUUGUAUACAACAUGUAUAUGCAUUUGAUACAGACCACACAUCAUUAUCAUCAGACUUUAUUACAGCUACCACCUGCUAUGGUAGAAGAAGGUGAGGAAGUUCAAAGUCAGGAUACAGAAUUGGAAACAGAAGAAGAGGCCAUGCCUGCUCCAGCUGACAUCAUGCCUACUCUAAUGGAUGCCAGCUCCAGUCGAGAAACCUCAGCCUCUCAGACUGAACCCACCUCCAAUGAGACUGAGACCACCUCCAAUCAGACAGGAGUCGAUUCCAAUCCAGAAGCCACCCCUGCCGAAUCUAAGAUCACUGCUACUGCGGCAGGACCUGUAGCUACACCAGCAGAGAAUAACACCUCUCCUGAUGCCACAUCUGCCCCUGGAGAAACCAAGUAGCCAAACUGUAGCCCUUCUUAGGGAGGACAUUUCAUUUAUAAAGUCUAGGUAAAGUUACUUUUUGUUUUUUUGUAUAUGCUUCUGCCAUUUUAAUGGUACUAAUUAAUAUUAAGUUGUUUUUGGUAGCUGAUCUCAGUGUUUAUCUUCUUGGAUAUAUUUUUUAAAAUGUGUUUGUAUGAACAACUCCAAUUUUAUUUGUUCAGCCAGAAAGUAAAUAACCAUCUCUUUUAUAUUUUGAUCAUUGAGUGACUAUAUCUGUAAGCAUACCUGCAUUAAAAGAGUUUUCUGGGA